AUGCUGCGAAACCAUCACCUCCUCUCUCCCUUAUUCUUCUUCUACUUCGCACUCUCCUUCUUGUUCACUCUUUCUCUCUCAAUCCCAAACUCACAAGACACCCUUGCAUUGCUCGCUUUCAAAGCCUCGUCGGACAACAACCGCUCCAACUCCCUCGCCUCCUGGGCCGAAUCCACCGACCCCUGCGCCGGGUCAUGGCUCGGCGUCACCUGCGACCCCAAAACCCGCCGCGUCACCAAGCUAGUCCUCGAAAAUCUCAACCUCACCGGUUCGAUUCAACCACUCACCACCGCCCUCGACCGCCUCCGCCUCCUCAGCCUCAACCAUAACUUCCUCUCCUCCUCCCUCAACUUCUCCUCAUGGCCCCACCUCAAGCACAUCUACCUCUCCCACAACAACUUCACCGGCGCCUUCCCCGCCUCUAUUUCCGGCCUCCGCAAUCUCCGCAGACUCGACCUCUCCCACAACCAGCUCUCCGGCGAAAUACCCGUCGCCGAGUUAACUCGCCUGUCUAAGCUGUUGACUCUCAGGCUCGAGUCCAACUCGCUCACCGGCUUCGGCGGCUCGCCUUCCGAGGCGUCCUCUGUUACGUUCACGGAUUUCAAUGUCUCCGACAACAACCUCGCCGGAAAACUUCCUAUAUUUCUGGAGAAGUUCGGUGCGGCGUCGUUUUCGGGAAACAAGCUGCUCUGCGGCAAACCUCUGCAUCAGGAUUGCCCUGAUCCGACAGCCGUGAAGCCGCCGUCGACAUCAGUCUUACCGCCCGAAGCCAAACCGCACCCGAAUAAUCACGUCGUUCUGAUCAGCGUCAGCGUCGCCCUCGGUCUCAUGAUGAUCGCCGGCGCCGUCUUGCGGUGGCGGAAGAGUAAGAAGAAGAAGAGCGGCAGCGGCGAAGUUUUUGUUACCGGCGGGAAAUCCAAUUUGUCGGCUAACGGAUACAGUUACGUUAAACGGCACUACGGGCCCAACGAAUUGCAGCGCGACGGGUCCCACAGCUUCAGUUAUGGGCCGCGUGGGCUCGCAAUUAGCGGGCCCAGGGAGAGCGAGGAGAUGGUGGUGCUGGAGGGAUGCAACCCCGGUGUCGGUAAAGUCGGUGAUCUGCUGAAGGCGUCGGCGGAGCUCCUGGGGAAGGGGAGUGUGGGGGCCACGUACAAGAUCAUGAUGGACGGCCGAGAUGAAACCGUGGUGGUGAAGAGGGUGAGGGAGAGGAGAGUGUACGGCAAGGAAGUCGAGGCGUGGCUGAGAGUCGUCGGCGAGUUGAAGCACCCCAACAUUGCGAGCCUCAGAGCCUACCACAACUCCAGCUACGAGCUUCUUUUGGUGUACGAUUUUUUCGGCAAUGGAAGCCUGCAUUCUCUGCUGCAUGGGUUUAGAGGACCGGGGAGGUCACGUUUGGAUUGGAGUACAAGAAUGAAGCUGGCUUUGGGCUGCGCAGCAGGACUUGCUUUCAUUCAUGGCAGUGGCAAAGGGAAACUCUAUCAUGGACACAUCAACUCGUGCAAUGUAUUCAUAGAUGAUAUGGGGGAUGCCUGCGUUGGCGACAUUGGCCUCCAACAGCUAAUGGCUGCGCAAGCUUCGUCAUAUGAUGCCUACAAGGCCCCGGAGUUGAUCGCGCCGAGUAGCGGCUUUAGUCCCAGCAGCAAGUACACUCGCAAGUGCGAUGUGUAUAGCUUUGGGGUGGUUUUGAUGGAGAUUUUGACGGGGAGGAUGGCGGGGGAGGAAGGAGAAAUGAGCUUGGUGGAGUGGGUUAACACGGCGGUGAAGAAAGAGUGCGGUACAUGGGAAGUUUUUGAUUUUGAGCUCUUGAGUGACAAGGAGAUGGAGGAGGAAAUGUGGGCGCUUUUGCAGGUGGGAUUGCUUUGCUUGGGUGCACAGCCGAAGGAUCGUCCAACGAUGAACAUGGUGAUCAAUAUGAUGGAGGAUAUUAGGAAGAAGGGUGUUAGAGCAGAUGGGACUAGGUCUAUACUUGAUGACAUUUCGUAUGAUACUUCUUCUGCUUCACAAAGCACUCCCUGAUACUAUUGGCACAUAUGACAGCAGAGUUCAUAAUUUGCCUGAAUCUCUAGUGUUUUGAGCGGUUGCAGCAUCCACUGAUUGCGGGAAGCAUCAAUAAGGAGACUCGAUUUGUUUCAGUUUCUUAAUGUAUUACUACCAUUUGAUAUGUAUGCUAGUCGAAAUCAAACUGUAGUAGAGGAGACCGAUUGCAAUAGAACGUAACAGGCUUC